AUGAGCGUGCAAAAGAAAAAAGACGGGUUGGUAAAACCAAAAGUAAAAUUUGGAAGAACAAACACGCACAACUUGACAAUGGGGAUAGUUGGCCUGCCAAAUGUGGGGAAAUCGUCGCUAUUUAAUGCUAUGACAGGGCUGCAGGUCCCCGCAUCAAACUAUGCAUUCUGCACGAUUGAUCCCUCCGAGGCAAAGGUGAGCCUUAAAGACAAGAGAAUGGACCACCUGUGCAGCCUGUACAAGCCUAAGAAGACGACGCCUGCGUAUUUGACGGUUUUCGACAUCGCAGGGCUUGUAAAGGGCGCGUCUGAGGGCCUGGGCAUGGGAAACAACUUUUUGGAGAACAUAAGACAGGUCGACGGGAUAUUCCAUGUUGUGCGGUGCUUCAGCGACGACUCUGUUGCGCAUGUGGACGACUCUGUUGACCCUGUGCGAGACUGCCAGGUCAUAAGGCAGGAGCUGCGCUUGAAGGACUUGGCAGACUCAAAGAAGCGGCUUGAAAUGGCUAAGAAAGAGCAGAGGUCAAAGCCGUCGGACAAGUACUUCAAAAUAUACAUGGAGGCUUUGGAGAAGCUGGUGGCAGGCCUGGAGGAGGGCGUUGAUGCACGAUGCAUCGACUUUUCGUCGGACGAGGUAAAGUCCCUGAAGCCGCUGAACCUUAUCACAGCCAAAAACGUUGUCUAUCUUGCAAACAUCAGCGUAGACAAAUACAGGCAAAGAAAGCCCACUUCCUUGGCGGUUAAGCUGAAGAAGCACUUGAUGGAUACAGACCCUGAGGCCCCGUGCGUGCUGGUGUGUGCAGGGCUGUCCGGCACGGAGGCGGAGGAGUACCUGGACAAGGCAGUUGCUGCUGGAUACAAAACGCUGGAGCUGAGCACUUUCUUCACGUGCGGCCCAGAAGAAGUAAGAUGCUGGACCAUCCGCGAGGGGACUCUUGCGCCAGACGCUGGUGCUGUCAUACACACGGACUUUAGGACCGGAUUUGUAGCCGUGGAUGUCAUGGCAUACGACGACAUAGUAGAGCAUGGAAAUGAGCAGGAGCUUAAGAUGAAAGGUCUGUGCAGAAUGAAGGGGAGAGACUACCCUGUGGCAGAUGGAGACAUUCUGCAUUUUAGAGCCGGACGAGUUAAUAAAAAGUAA